AUGGAGUCCAGCCCGACUACUCCGGACGGCGACUUUGCCGACGAUGCUUUUGCCAACGACAGCCAGCCCGCCCCGAGCGUCGCCUCGUCUCAGCCGCACACCUAUCCCAACCUCGCCGGCGCCUCCGUCUAUACGCCCACCGCCACCCCGAGCGCCCAGCUGAAUCCUCGAAGCUGCGUGACCUGCCGCCGGCGAAAGGUGCGAUGUGACAAGCACAUGCCCUGCUCCAACUGCAGGAGAGCCCAGAUAUCAUGCAUCUUCCCUGCUCCCGGGCGUGCGCCGCGACGGCCCCGACCCAAGGACCCAAAUGCUCCCCCGAAGCAGCCCUCGAGCGAGCGCGAGAUCGAGUUGAUGAAGCGCCUGCGCAAGCUGGAGGGCAUCGUGGAAGAUCUCAGUGGACAGAUCGAACUCGAGACGGCGAGAAAUCACUCAAGCAGUGGCAACUCGCCCGAGGCGGCAAACACUGGCUCAGACACCCUCGCGGGAUCCGGUGGCUCCUCGAAUGAGAGGGCAGCCAGUGUCGGCGGCGGAAGCAAUGCCAGCCAGAACUCGCCGGCCGCCCUCGGUCGUGCGAGCAGCGAGACUCCCGCACAUGGCAGGUUGAUCUCAGGCCAGAACACAAGCAUGGGUCCUUUGCACAGAACGGCUUCCGACGUACACAAGAAGUUUGGGAGGCUGGUGAUCAAUGAUCAUGGCAAGACCAGAUACGUCAGUAGCGCGUUUUGGUCGAAGAUUACAGAUGAGCUCGACGAAUUACGAGCCGAAACGCAGAAGCUUACAGACGAAGAUUCCGAUUUAUCAGAUGACGAGAGUACACCGGCAACAGCGGUCGAGCAGGGCCCUGGAGACCAUCACGCCUUCAUCUUCGGGUACAGGUCAGCCGACGUCGACCUCCGAUCUCUCCAUCCCCUCCCCUCGCAAAUACCAUACAUAUGGCAGGUCUUUCAAGAGAAUGUAGAUCCCUUGGUCAAGAUUCUGCACAUUCCCACCGUCAGCAAGUUGAUCCGAGAGAUUCGGAAUAACCUAGAUACAAUGACACCGGCAACGGAGGCCCUCAUGUUUUCCAUAUACUACUCGGCCAUCACCUCCUUAGACGAUGACGAUGUAAGACUAUCCUUCUAA